AUGAUCAGGGAUGUUGGUGACAAGUGUAAGCCAAAUGAUAAUGAACCUAAUGGGAUGUGUGUGUUAAUAACAGACUGCAAAAUUGCCAUAAUGGCGAUUCAACGCAAAAACUUUCAUAAGUUUAAAAGAUGUGGAUUUAAAGGCCUAAUGGAAAUUGUUUGUUGUCCGCAAAUAUCCACAGAUAAAUUUGGGGACAUAGAAGAAAAAUCUGAAAGGGUGGCCGAUCGAGAAUGCAAAAAAAUAGUUGAAAAUAGUAUACCGCCUCUAGAUUUACACAUAAUUGGUGGUGAAGCAGCAUCGCUUGGAGAGUUUCCUCACAUGGUGGCACUUGGAUAUGAAAGCCCCGAAGGUUAUGACUUUCUGUGCGGUGGAACUAUACUGUCUGAUAGUUAUGUCAUAACAGCUGCUCAUUGCGUGGACACCUUAAGCCAAAUUCGACCAGCGAUAGUGCGUAUGGGUGUCGUGGAGUUAGAAGAUGGCAAACGCAACGACGAGUCGGACGUCGACAUUUCAGAAAUAAUAAUGCAUCCAAACUACACCAAGCGUCAAAAAUAUCAUGACUUAGCUUUACUGAGGUUAGCUAAACCGAUCGAAUUCACAAGCAACCUUAAUCCAGUAUGUCUGUACACAAGUCCUAACGAUCCGAAGAUACCACUUACUGUCACAGGCUGGGGAAAGACCAGUAAUACAAGAAGCAUUCGCAGCAAUAUACUGUUGAAGGCGAACGUUUCGGUUGUGGCGCGAGAGAAAUGCACCACAUCGUAUACCUCAUGGCGCAAGCUGCCGGACGGCAUAUCUGACGACCAGAUAUGUGCUGGUGACCCGCAAGGUCUGAAAGAUACUUGCCAGGGCGACUCGGGCGGUCCACUGCAGGGAUUAACGGAUAGUGACGGGCACUACCGGCUGGUGGGCGUGACGUCAUUCGGGCGCGGUUGUGGCUCCACUGUGCCCGGCGUCUACACUCGCAUCGCCAAGUACCUCGACUGGAUUGAAAGUGUCGUUUGGCCCAACUGA